GCAGCGGCUGUAGCAGUUUCUCCUGCGGUACAUACUGGAUGGUGAAGAUGAGGACAAGGAGGCAUCAGAGCCCCGCAGAGUCCAGUUGGGUGGACAAACACAAGUGCGAGGACGGUGCCAAACUCCCAUGUGAGGCCCAGACUACGGCAACCCCCAAGAGGAUCGAAGCCACAAACGGGAACCAGUCCGAAUCUGCGGAGAAUUCCACAAAUCCCGACCAGAAGAAAGUCAACGGCAAAAAGCAGAAAAAGAGGCGAAGGUCACCCCGAAACAAAGCCUCUCCUCCUAAGGUGGACUCUGUUCUCCUUGGCAUGAUGGCUGAUGCCGUGUGGUUGGAUAAGUCUAUGUAUGAUGAGGCUGAAUGUUAUUACCACGCCCUUCUUGCCACAGAGCAGACAAGGGCACCAGAGGUGCUGACGCCAACCAAAGCGUUAUCUGUUAAACACAAGACAGUACAUGGUGCGCCGAAGAACACUGCCACGGACGGCUGCUGCCAUAGCAAUAUGGUGGCUUGUCAUCAUGUAAGCAAAGGUGUUUGGGUCAACAAGUUCAACUUUGAGGAUGCUGAGAGCCAGUUUGUCGCACAGUUUACCUCCCCUUUAGCUCCUCGUGUGCUGAACCUCAAUCUAGUCCCUCCUGACCGUGCCGCGUCAAGGUCCUGGCAGAAGACCCCAGAUGAAGGUUAUGCAAGUGCCACCCCAACGCCAGCCUCAGCAGCACCCAGUCCACUGACUGUAAACUCUAUAGUAUUGGACCCGACUGUGAAUGGAAAGCCUCACUGGGCAGGUCUGCAGAGCCUGAUGUCUGAAGUGUGGCUCGACAGGUCCCUGUAUGACCAGGCGGAGACGCGUUACUAUGAGCACGUGGCACAGGCGGCAUCACAGGCGGAGCCCUCCAUGAAUAACUGGAGCCAGAACAAAAGGGGCAAAAAGGACAAAUGUAGUAAAAAGUCAGCCGGAAAGCAGCCACCUGUCCGGAGGAAGGAGCUCACCAGUAUUCCGGAAGAGACCGACAACGCACUGUAUUACCCCGCCUACUACCUGCAUGCAGACAGCGAGAGGGUGUGGCUUGAUAAGAGCGCGUACGACAAAGCCGAGGAGAACUUCUACUCUGCGCAAAGCCAUAAGACGUCCAACGCUGUGAAACCCUACAAGUCGCCAUCUGUAGCCAAACACCCCAAGCCGGUAAAAACCAGGCCUGGUGGCAAGAAAGACAUGGCCACCUCAUUCUUGAGCACAGAUAAUAUCUGGUUUGAUAAGUACAAGUACGACGACGCCGAGAAGCAGUAUUAUGAGAAUCUGAGCCAGGAAUCUGCACCGAACUCACACAACGGAACGCAGGAUGACGGAGCAAGCACAAUCCUCAGGGACAUUGCCAGAGCCAGGGAGAAUAUCCAGAAAUCGCUGGCCGGACUGAGGACAGUCCUGAAUAGUCCUAAGGAAGGCCAGGCUCCCCCUCCCCCGAGCCACUCAGGGUCCUGUACUAGCACGGCCGCUGCCCCCACCAACGGAGAAAACAGCGAGCUCCUGUCACGGGUCGCCAGUCUAGAACAUGAGAACCAGAACCUGCAGAAAGUGGUGAAGGACCUUCAUUCGGCCAUCUCCAAACUGGAAAGUCGGAUCAGUACACUGGAGAAGUCUACCUCACAAGCCUCAGACCCCCAGCCUCCAGCCGUCUGCAAGCUUCCUGCCCCUACACCAGCGCUCUCCCGCCCUCCAGCAGCCGCCCCUCAGCCGAAGGCAGAAGAGGACGACGAUGACGACGACGAUAUCGAUCUGUUCGGCAGCGACGAGGAGGAAGAUUCAGAAGCCGCCAGGAUCCGAGAGGAGAGAUUGGCUCAGUAUGCUGAGAAGAAAUCCAAGAAGCCCGGACUGAUCGCAAAGUCUUCUAUCUUGUUGGAUGUGAAACCGUGGGACGAUGAGACCGACAUGGCGAAGCUGGAAGAGUGUGUGCGCACGGUGCAGAUGGACGGCCUGCUGUGGGGAUCCUCCAAGCUGGUGCCCGUAGGUUACGGCAUUAAGAAGCUGCAGAUCCAGUGCGUGGUGGAGGAUGACAAGGUCGGCACGGACAUGUUGGAGGAGGAGAUCACAAAGUUUGAGGACUAUGUGCAGAGCGUGGACAUCGCAGCUUUCAACAAGAUCUAACAAACCCGGACAGUGCAAACUCGUGUCAAUAAAGAGCAGCGUGUAACCUC